UUUCAAUGAGCUUUUUAGUUAGGUUUUUAAGUUUUGUCGUUUUUUUUAUUUUACGUAUGAGCUUUUACUACUCUAAUUUACAACUACAGUCUAAUCUCGAUAGCUGGGUAAUAGUUCGGUUCGUAUACCCCCUCUUUCUUCUGACCAUUUUUUCAUUUUCCUUCCCUUUCUCACUUAUUUUCAUGAGGCAAGUAAUUAAGUCCCGAGAGAGUUGUUUUAACGAGAUUCGACUGUAUCUCUUUUUUAUUUUAGAUGUUGGCUCUGGAGUGGAUCCAUGUUGUGCUGGUGGGGAUGAAUCAUUUCCUAAAGUCAUUUUCAUUUUUGGUUGGUUUUUUUGUUUACAAAAAGCAUUAUUUUCCUCUUAUUAUUUUCAUUGUCUCAAUUUUCCCCCUCAUUAUUUAAAACAAAUUUGA